GCGUGUGCAUAGCACGUGAAAGAUCGUAGAGUUGAUUUUGUUUUUGUGAUAAGUGUUUAUAAACAUAUUCUCUAAUCUUUAAAACCUAGUGGAAGGGCUUUAGUAAAAUGGCGAAGUUUUGUUUGAAAAAGCAGAGCAAGCGUAUGCCAGCUCGUAAGAGAUAUAAAAUCGAGAAGAAAGUUCGUGAACACAACCGGAAGCUGCGAAGGGAGGCUAAGAAGCAUCCAAAAAGAAAGAAGAAGGUAAUAGAAAUUCCGAACCAAUGUCCUUUCAAAGAAGACAUUCUAAAGGAUGUGGAGGCUAUGAAAAAGCAGCACGAAGAAGAAAAAAAGAAGCAACGUGAAGAUGCACGUGAGAAAAAGCGUCAAGAGCUUGCUAAAGGAGGUCUUCAGGGCUUAGUAUCCAAUGUGGAAACCAAACAAGCGGUGCAUCAAGAGAUGGAAGUCAAUCAUGUUCAUGAAAAGAUCAAGGUUGCCUUGACCAAGCAAGAAAACUCUCUGAAAGCUUAUUACAAGGAGUUCAAGAAGGUCAUAGAUGCGGCUGAUGUUAUUCUCGAAGUCGUCGAUGCCAGAGAUCCUCUGGGUACCAGGUGCAAGGAGGUCGAAGAAGCGGUGCAAUCAGCUAAAGGGAAUAAACGAUUGGUAAUUGUCCUGAACAAGGCUGAUUUAAUACCCAGGGAGAAUUUAGAUCAAUGGCUUAAAUAUUUGCGCGGUAGUUUACCCGCUGUAGCCUUCAAAUCGUCCACGCAAUCUCAGGCGAGAAGACUGGGCAGAAGAAAGUUAGGGAAAAAGACGGAGGCCAUGAUACAGGGCGGUACAUGUUUUGGCGCAGAACUGCUUCUAUCUUUGCUGGCGAAUUAUUGCAGGAACAUUGGCAAUGUGAAGACCAGUAUUAGGGUGGGGGUAGUCGGGCUUCCAAACGUUGGAAAAUCAAGCGUGAUAAAUUCUUUGAAGCGCAGCAGAGCUUGCAGCGUGGGAAGCACACCCGGAAUAACGAAAACUAUGCAAGCGGUGCAGUUGGACUCGAAAAUAAAAUUGUUAGACUCUCCAGGAAUAGUAUUCGCCAGUCAAGGAAACAAUCCGGACAAAUCUUUGGUUGCUCUGAAGAACGCGGUGCUGAUCCAAUCGUUGAAGGACCCGCACACUCCUGCUGCUGCAGUUAUAAAGAGAGUCUCGAAGCCGCAAAUCAUGGAGAUGUACGAUCUACCAGAAUUUUCGACGCCCGAUGAAUUCUUCGCGCUGAAAGCGAUCAGAAUGGGAAAGUUUAAAAAAGGUGGGAUACCGGACACCACGGCUGCUGCUCGCUGCGUCCUUCAGGAUUGGAACUCCGGCAAAAUUAGGUACUACACUGUACCGCCCGAGCAGCCAGUCUGUCACAUAUCAGCGGAGAUCGUCAGUCAAAUCAGCAAGGAAUUCGAGAUCGAAAAUUUCGCGGCGGAAGAGAAAAUGAUGCUUGAUAACUACGAAGAGCAGGCCACCAAGACCUCCACUCUGGAUCCAGUGUUGAUCGAGAGUUCCGGGCCGGUGGUGUCCUUGAUGGAGGUCGAGAAGCAAAAGGAAGAGAAAAUUAAAAUACAAAAGAAGUUGAAGAAGAAGAUGGAGAACGCGAAGAAGCACGCCAAUGAUUCUUCAAGGAAAAAGAAAACGGACCCGCUAUUCGACAUCGAGGGCAACCAGAAGUUGAAUAAAAUGAGCAAGAAGGCAUUCAAGAAGGAGAAGAAGGAACGAGUUAGGCGAGAAAAGGUAGCUGUACAGCUGUCGGGUCAGUUGGAGGGAUUCAACAUCUCCGCCCCUGACGACUAUAAUUUUAGCACGGACUUCGUCGAGAAGGAAUAGAUUAGGCAACGAUACCAUCGACGUCCGCUCCUAUGCACAGAUACCAUAGCACUCCAGAAAAUCUUCAAACGGUAGGAUUCAACGAAUUAAUGCAGUUUAUCAUCAGAUAAGACGAACUUAGCGAGAUUCCCCUGCGAUCGAUAGAGUUAGAAUCUUCUUCAGAUAAGAUGUGUGUGACUUCUUAAAAGAAAUAAUAAAAACCUAAUCUACGUUUACAACA